AUGCCGCUUUCUGGUCACUGGGCUCUUCGCGGUGGCUUUACACCGCGAGCAAAUCCCGGACGUCCAAAUAUUCAUUUCCCACAUCCGAAUAUCUGUCGGCAACAACACGGCGAAUUCUUCGUCAGUUUUUAUCAUUGUUCACAAGAAAGUGUGAAGAUGUUUGAUGCAAUGAAGCAACGAAUAGAACUUGCUUAUGAGCAGCGUCGUAAGUCGGAAGCUAAUCGAUUGCAGAAAAUUACUAAUGGUAAAGUAAUGCAAUAUUUGGAACGGAUUCCUUUGUCGAAAAAUGUUACGUUAACGAUUGAAAUACCAAAUAACGAGCAUGCUGGCAUGAUAGAACGAAUGGAAGCUUGGUGUGAACAAGAUUCAAUACCAAAAAUUAUGCAGGACACUGGUGUACUCAUUCAAUUCCCGGACUUGGUGCAAGAUGUCAAAAAUGCUAAUGAUUAUGUUAAUAGAGUGACGUUAACAGGGCCGCUGGCAAAUGUUGAGCAAGCCAGGAUUCGAAUUAGAAAUUUUACGCCGGUAGCAGUCAGAUUUCCUCUAGAGACAUUGAAAUCUGGUAUAUCAGUAAAGGAUGUAAAAAAUAUUAUCGAUAAGGCAAUUGCUGAAAAAUUAAUUGAUUUUCCUAACGUGGAAAUAACGGUGCAGCUGCCACAGUUACCAAAUAAUCCAAUUCCGUUGUGUGUUGUGCGCGGUGCACCGUCUCAUGAGCGUGAUAUAUGUGAAGCUUGUACAGCUCUUGAUCGACUGCUGUUUGAUACUAUAUAUGACGAUGAACAUAAAUCAGGAAUGAUAUAUUCAAUGGUAAUAGAUAUACCAGCUGUGCAACAGCUAGCUGUUACGGGAAUACUAGACGGAUAUUUGAUACGAAUGAUAAGUUUUGAAACAAAUGCAGUCAUUUAUUUCCCAACUGUAGCAGACCGUCAAUUUGGAGCGACUGUAUUUUAUUUGUAUGGUUCUGUGAAUGCUAUUAUGAAAGCGAGGAAAUAUAUUCAAGGUCUUCUACCUGUACGUUUAAUUUUCGAUGUGGAAAAUGAUGAUUUACUUUGUCCAGUUGAUGCAUCAAAUCGAGAAAUAUUCUUGCGUGAUACAGAUCAUAAUGUGACAAUAAUCGUGAAAAAAAGUCCUUUAGAAGGCGAACAGUUAACUAAAAGCGAUACUUUACGAAAUAUGGUGACAAUUGAGAGUGAAGAAUAUAAUUUAACUAAUGUUUAUGCAAUGCGACAUCAACUUCUUCAGAAUGGUAUUUUGAAGAAUGAACCAUUAAUCGUAACAAAAGAUUUCGAUUUCUUUAAGAAUGAUUUCAAAGCACUAAUUGCUAAAAACAAUGAGAUUAUUGCCGAAGGUUCAAAUAACUCGUUAGCAAAGGCUUCACCCUUACUUUAUUCCCAGCUGAAUCAAAAUAUGCAAUCAAAUUCAUUUCCAUCAAUGCGUCUUAUUUCAUCAACUACAAUAAAUGAUACUCCUGCAUCCUUACCACAAACACACAUUUAUCAGGAAGAAUUACAACCAUACAGGAGUGAAAAUAUACCAAUCUCAGUAACAGUUGGCAGCAAUCCAGCAAGUAAAAUUGCAGGCCAGAGAAAAAGCAAAGAAGGAGCCGUAAAAUUUGAAGAUUCGAUUGUAACGAAAGUGGGAUAUAUUCAAAAUAUUGACAAAGCAUCUGUCGGCCAGAGUUUUAAUGAGCAUUCGAAAGAAUACAACUUCGAUGCAGUUGCUAGUAAUUCUAAUUAUGAUUUAACAAGCAAUACUGCCUCUGGAAAUGCAUCGGAAUCGAAAUGUUCGUGCAAAAAAUCGUCGAUGUAUACGCGAUCAUUUGCAUCCGAAUCGCAGAGUUUGAUGGGUUCUGGAACUAAUGUCGUCGAUGCAUUAAUUAAUGAUCAAGGCUCCACGACAGUAGCAGUAGCCGCUGCAAUGCUUCAGAAUAGUCCACCGCAGUGGUUUCAAUCAUCUGGCACAAUAGCAGCACUAAAAUCAACUGAAUAUUUCAAACAGAUACCCCGAAUAUGGGGGAAAAAGAUCAUUUCAGAAACAUUCGCGGGUCCGACAGAGUUCGCUGAAAACUCGAUGGUCAGUUCUCCAGAAAAGACUUGGCAAAUAAAGAAGAAUCUCCCAUUGAAAUCUUCGUUUAAAAAUGAGAAUUAUGUUCGUGAAUACCAUUGUGAUAUUGGCACUGAUACACCCAGGGAUAUUCCGCAAAGAUUGCCAGUAAGAGUUGUUGAAUCGAAAGAAUCUUCAUCUGAUACGGGUUUAUCAGCUUCGUUUAGCAAUCGUAACACCAAUCCCUUACAUUCAAUUUCAUGUGGCAAUCCUGUAUCAAAUUUUAAUCAAAAUCGAUUACUGCAUCAAAACGAUGAUAGUACCGACGAUACAUAUGAUUAUCGAACAGAGCGCCAACCAGCAAGAGUUCAUGAUACUACCGUUUGGGAAAAUUCACGAUAUUCGUCAUCACAACUGAAUCAUCACUACGCACAUUCGAAUACCCGUGAAUUUUUUUCAGCAAGGUACCGGGGACGAUCAAGUCAAAAUUCAUCGCGAUCCAGAGACAUGAUACGUGGUGGCCGCACAAUGAGACAAUCGAUGAAUCAUUCCGAUGGUUAUUACUCAACAUUUUCUCGUUCUGAGUCAACUUGGAAUUUGUCAUUAUCAGGUUACAAUGAAGAUAGGAGAUACAAUAGACGAGGAAUAACAAAUAUGCGUUUCAAAAGACAAUUUGUGAAUGGAGCACAAUUAAAAGAAAAAGGAAGAGGUGAUCGGCGAGAGGAACAAUAUCCUUCUCUUCGUCAAGAGCAACAGCAUAGCUGCUUCUGUAAUCAAUUCCGAAAAGACUCUAAAGAAUUAAAUAAUAGUGUUGGUAACAUUACGUCACUGCCGAAACUAUUGAUUAAAACUAAAACUUACGCAGAUAGAACGAAACGGAUCGAUGUUGUGGUAUUGGUCGAUGAGGCACAAAGGAGUCAGAAUGAGCAAUCAUCACGAAGCACACAACAGACGAAUAGACCAGCAUUAAUGAUGAAGGAAUUAGAGAAAUAUACAGGAAAUGAUAAAAUUAGUUCGAAUUCAUGCGUAGAUAUGGCGAAGAAAGGCACCACCGAGGAUAGGGAAGUUCAAAACAAAAUACUUGUUCAAGAUCAAUCUGGAAGUGAACAGUCACUGAAAGUUGUAGUGAAAGGUUUUUAA